AAUUGUACAGUAGGCACCUUCUGUGGUUUGAAAAAUUUAAAGGAACGAAUUACAUUUAAAUCUAUUUAAAGAGCACAUACGGCCCUGGAGCGUGUUAUUGUUUGAUACAAAUAGUAGAGUGUCUCUUUUCUAAAAUACUGUAAAACUACUUAUUCUUUUAUUUGUUUGUUUGUUUUAAGGAUCUGUAUGAGAAUGACCAUGUUCUUCUGUCUCCCAUUCUUCAUAACUGGAGCUCAAAGUAUCUACAGUUUGGAAGAGUGCAGUGAAUAUCCUGCUCAGUUAUGAGAAACAUUCACCAACAUAAAACAGUCUGGAACAAGACUUCUCUUAAGAAAAUCAAAGAGCAGAGAACCCUUUAAUAAAACAGAAGACAUUGAGCAUUUCAUAAGCUUUUGGCUGUCUGAGUCAUAAAAAAAUGAAUCGUUACACAAUUAUGAAACAACUGGGUGAUGGCACCUAUGGCAGCGUGUUGAUGGGGAAGAGCAAUGAGUCAGGAGAACUUGUGGCUAUCAAAAGAAUGAAAAGAAAGUUCUAUUCAUGGGAUGAAUGUAUGAAUUUGAGAGAAGUCAAGUCUCUGAAGAAGCUAAACCAUGCCAAUGUAAUAAAAUUGAAGGAAGUCAUACGAGAAAAUGACCACCUUUACUUUGUAUUUGAAUACAUGAAGGAAAAUCUCUAUCAGCUAAUGAAGGAUAGAAACAAGUUUUUCCCUGAGUCAGUCAUCAGAAACAUGAUGUAUCAGAUAUUGCAAGGGCUGGCUUUCAUCCACAAACAUGGAUUUUUUCAUAGGGAUAUGAAGCCUGAAAACCUUCUCUGUAGUGGACCAGAACUUGUGAAAAUUGCAGAUUUUGGGUUGGCUAGAGAACUAAGAUCUCAGCCACCUUAUACAGAUUAUGUUUCUACCAGGUGGUACCGUGCCCCUGAAGUUUUGCUGAGAUCUUCUGUCUAUAGCUCACCUAUUGAUAUAUGGGCAGUUGGCAGCAUAAUGGCUGAGUUAUACACACUCAGACCUCUUUUCCCAGGCACAAGUGAAGUAGAUGAAAUCUUCAAAAUUUGCCAAGUCCUAGGGACUCCAAAGAAGAGUGACUGGAUAGAAGGAUACCACCUCGCUUCUGCCAUGAAUUUCCGUUUCCCACAGUGUGUCCCUAUAAGCCUGAAAACUCUCAUCCCAAAUGCAAGCAAUGAAGCAAUACAGCUUAUGAGUGAUAUGCUGAACUGGAAUCCAAAGAAGAGACCUACAGCAAGUCAGGCUUUGAAAUACCCUUACUUUCAAGUUGGCCAAAUUUUAGGACCUCCUCCACAGUAUAUGGAGAAGCAGACUUCUGUCAAAGUGGUUCAGCCAACAGAGCCAAAGCCAUCUUUACCUAAACUGGAAGCUAAGCCAGAACCUCAGUCUUCACCUGAUUUACCUGAUAAAACACAGCCACAGCACUUGCCAAAGGUUAACCACCAGCCUCUCCAACAAAUUCAGUUGCCUCAGAAUACAGCUAACCAGCAAGUACCAAAGCAGCAGCAGCCACAGGCACAACCACUUUUUCCAAAUAUCAAUAAAAACUCACCACCUAAACAAGCAGCUAAUGGCCCUCUGAAUGGUGUAGUAGGUCCUAAAACCUGCAGAAGACGGUGGGGACAGACUUUGGUAAAGGCUGUGGAUAGCUGGGAUGAGUUGGAUGACCCUGAAUUUGGAAUGUCAUGUUCAAAGAAGCCUAGCAUUGCACUGUUAAAAGAAAAGAAAAACAAGGAAUUUCCUUUUAGUGUGCCAGAAUCAAAAGCUUCAUGCUCUAUCCAGCCAGGAGGGGGAAACAAGAUUCUGAUGAGAAAUGAUUCUGAAAGAUCAAAUACAUCAGCAAAAGAUUACUAUAUAAACCAAUCAAGAUAUCUGCCUGGCGUGAACCCAAAGAGUGUCUCUUUAGCAGCAGUCAAUAAAGAAGGAUCACACGGAACCUGGAGCAACCAGUUGUUUGCUAAAUCACUGGCAAAUGCUGGGGGAGGAUUGACUUACAGCAGAAAUACUACAGAUGAAAACUUAAUUAUACCUAUUGAAAAGCUAUCAUGCAAAGAAAGAUUGAAUGAAAAAUUAGAGGAUCCUAAAGGAAAUCCUGGCUUUGUAAGUAGUGGUGCCUACAACCCAUCAGGACUAUACACCUCUUCCUUCCAUAAAAAAGAAGUUGGAUCAGCUGGACAACGGAUACAGCUAGCACCUCUUGGUGCACCUGUAUCGGAUUAUUCCUGGAAAAAUAAGGCUGCUCGUCCUCCAUUGCCAGGUCCUACUUUCAAUGCAGCAGGAAAAAACAUGAAUAUCUUAACUCGCCCCCCAAUUCAGCGAGUACAUGGGAGAACAGACUGGGUGGCCAAAUAUGGAGGGAACAGAUAGAAAAUACCAUCCUGUGUGGAUAUUACAUGCUCAGUGUUCAGUCCUCCUGCACUUGGAAACCUGAAAAGCCUAUUUGCUCCAGCUUUUCCUAAGACUAUGCAACAGUAAAGAAAAAAAAUAGACCUUGUGUUCUGUUACCUGUAUAGUACAUAUAUUACCAUGUAAAAUACUGGCUGUAAAGUAGGAUACAAUGAAGUAUUGUACAACAAAUAUUGCCAAAACUGAGAAGCAGAUUUCACCUGAUGUUUUCUACAGAUAGAUCUCCUGUUCUCGUACUCUUUGGAAUAACUAGCUUUAGGGCUGUUCAUCCAGUGCAACAUGUGCUGCUGGGAUGUGCUUGAAGCACACAAGUAGCACGAAGAAGGGCUGAAGCAGAGCAGCACCAGGCUUCCAGGUGUUAGGCUGGUUCCUUAGCAGGAAGAUGAGAGUGAAAGCACAGAUCUGGCUUUGUGAAAAACAUCAGUCUCCUGCAAGGAUUUCAGAACUCACUUGUAACUGAGAGUUACUCGGGGUCUGUAAGGUGCAAAUAUUCACGUAGCAAUGAGAACUGAAACCCUUGUAGUAGGACAUAGGCAAUCCACUGAUAGACACUACCCAAGGAAGGUCUAGAAAUAUGGCUGGUAGAGGGCUGUUGAAUGCAAUAUUGGAAAAUAGCUAAACAAGUACUGAAUACUACUUACCAAGCUAUGAAGUGAAGCCUAACAAUCAGCUUCUGUUUUAAUUAACUUGUUGCCAUUUUUUGGUCAAAGAUCUGUAGAGAUUUAUCUCUGUCCUGUCAAGAGAGUGUCACAAUAACCUUUUAAAGAGCCUAAAUCACUG